AUGGGAUCUGGGCAUAUAUUUUUCGACCCGUCGUCGUGUCACGGCAACAUGCUGUUCCUUGGGAGCGGAGAUCCUGUUUUCCGAGGACCAAGAUCGACGAUGAUGAAGAUGGAGGACUCCUCGAAGAGGCGACCCUUCUUUAGCUCGCCGGAGGAUCUAUAUGACGAGGAAUACUACGACGAGCAGUCACCGGAGAAGAAGCGCCGUCUCACUCCUGAGCAGGUGCACUUGUUGGAGAAGAGCUUUGAGACAGAAAACAAGCUGGAGCCCGAGCGCAAAACCCAGCUGGCCAAAAAGCUGGGGCUGCAGCCCAGACAGGUGGCUGUAUGGUUCCAAAACCGCCGUGCCCGGUGGAAGACCAAGCAGCUCGAGAGGGAUUAUGAUCAGCUCAAAUCCUCUUAUGACUCCCUUCUCUCUGAUUUUGACUCCGUUCGCAAAGAUAACGAUAAGCUCAAAUCUGAGGUUGUUUCAUUGAUGGAAAAGUUACAGGGGAAAGUGGUUGGAGGAGCAGGGGGAAAUGAAAAAUCUGACAUCUUGGAGGUGGAUGCUAUGACGAUCCUUCAAGUGAAGGUGAAGGCUGAGGACCGGUUGAGCAGUGGCAGUGGUGGGAGCGCGGUGGUAGAUGAGCAUAGUCCACAGCUGGUGGACAGUGGGGACUCAUAUUUUCACACUGAUCAUGAGGAGUAUCCAGGGCCUGGAGGAUGCAAUGUUCCUCCACCCAUGGAUGGUUUACAAUCGGAGGAAGAUGAUGGUAGUGAUGAUCAUGGCAGUUGCCAUGGCUACUUCUCUAACGUCUUUGUGGCAGAAGAGCAGCACCAUGAACAAGGAGAAGAGCCUAUUGGAUGGUUCUGGUCUUAA